UCAAACUGACUGCAUCACUAAGGAAGCCUCCUCAGACUCUCUCUCACUAUACUGAGUGCAUCACUAAGGAAGCCUCCUCAUACUCCCUCUCACUAUACUGAGUGCAUCACUAAGGAAGCCUCCUCAGACUCCCUCUCACUAUACUGAGUGCAUCACUAAGGAAGCCUCCUCAUACUCCCUCUCACUAUACUGAGUAAAUCACUAAGGAAGCAAACUGACUCCUCACUCUGCUGAGUGCAACAUUAAGAAGCUUUCUCAGACCCACUCUCACUCUCCUGAGUGCUGCAUUAAGAAGACGUCUCAGACUCCCUUUCACUCUGCUGAGUGCAUCACUAAGAAGCUUUCUCAGACUCACUUUGCUGAGAGCAUCACUAUACUCUUUGGAUCACUAAGGAAGCCUCAUCAACCUCCCUCUCACUAGGUUGCAGACAGUCCCAGCCUUGGUAUGGCUGUCUGAGUCCAGACUUGUCCUCCCAGCUUGUUUCCAGCCCCAUACUAUGACAGGAGUGUAUGAAAGGAGAGUGCCCUCCAUCCGUGCCAGUGACUUCCAGACUCCCUUCCAGGCUGCCAGCAUCAUGCACCAUCCUUCCCAGGACUCCCCCACUUUACCUGAAUCCACAGCCACAGACUCGGGCUAUUACAGCCCCGGAGGAGCUAGCGCCCACCCGCACCAUGGCUACUGCUCGCCUACCUCGGCUAGCUACGGGAAACCUCUCAAUGCUUACCAGUAUCAAUAUCAUGGCAUGAAUGGGUCUGCCGGGAACUACCCUGCAAAAGCCUAUGCUGAAUACAGCUAUGGGAGCCCUUACCAUCCUCACCACCAAUACAGUGGGGCUUACAACAGGGUGCAAGCGGCCACUAGCCAGCCAGGUAAGAGGGGUAAGGGUACCAGUGGGCAUCUGAGAAACAGCCAUCACCACCAAGCUAAAUAGCAAGAGGGUCACAUAUAGGCACACAUACUGCCUCAUAAAAUAUCCUCUAAAAUAGCAAUGUCUGUACACACAUUAUAUAGAAAGUGUGUGCACAUUCUUUUAUAUGUAUAUUUCAUUUACAGUGUAAUCUGCAGCCAUUAAGUCUUAUAAAUGCCCUGUUUAUAUUGCAUUCUGUUUAAAGAAUGUACACACAGUAAAUGUAACAUUACUUUGCAUUCUAUUUUUGGGAAAUCGUUACAUGGAACAUUCGAUGGCUGCAUUCUGUUUAUGCAAGUUACCCACUUAAACCAUAACAAUGAAUCUUUUCUAAACAUGAGAUAAAUGUUUUCAGUGUGAUAUAAAUGUACAGACACAUUACAGGCACACAGGACCCCCCCUGGCAGUAGUUGUAGUGAGUGCGAUAGCUAUUUAUUCCCAGCUGUGGUCCACAACAGUCUGAGCCAGUCCUAAACCAUGUCUCUGCCUCUUCCUUCAAGGGUUUUAUCUCUUUCCAUUUAUAACCGAGGCGCCGCCAGUCAGCACCAUAACAAACCGCAGAGAUAUUUCCUAAGAACACACAAACAAAACAAAAACCCAAUGAAAGGCUCAGCAGCUCCCAUCGCCCGCAGCAGUAGUACGUACACAGGCGGCAGCCCCGGUAAGGUUCCCAGCACAUACAAUGUGUCCCACUAAUUAUUAACCAUACAAAGGGCACAGACACGAACCACUAGACCCCCAGAUGGCUUGUGUAACUUUCUUGAGACCUGUUGACUCCAUGUUCAUGAAAAUAGGCCAGUAAAUGCAAUAAAAAAUAAAUAAAAAAAACAGUCUCAGGGAAGUGUAAUAGCAACCGAAACGUCGACCUACAGUUUUCUGUGUCCAGAACAAACUGAAUUUUAGUUUUCUUUUAGGGUUUGGUUUGUUUAUAUAUUUUAUUUUUUUAGUUGGGGGGGGGGAUUUGUUUUAAUUUUUUUUAUUCUUGCCCAGAUGUGUUAUUUUCCUAUUGAAUUACAUUAUAUUUAAAAUAUAUCAUUUCAUUUUUUUGUUAUGUUUAUUUUCUUGUCUUCUAUUAUAUAGAAAGGGUGAAUAAUAAAGGAAGUUGUCAUCUAAUAGUCUUUUCAUUGUUCUUUUCCACUCCAUUUUAUUAAGAAAAACACAAACCCCUCUUGUUCUGUGUAUACAAGGAAUAUAUGGCAGUAUGUUUAUUUUUGCAAACAAUAGAUUACAUCUUCUGUUAUUACUUGGAUAGAAACGGGAUUUCUGAUAUUUAUUGAUCGGUUUGUCCCCCUAACAAAGGGAUGGUGGUUUUACAUAGUUUUGUUUUCAAGUCCCUGCAGCUAGCUGUUUAGUGGACAAACCCCCUUUAUGCAUUUUUAGGGUACCUUGUUGUACAGUCUAUAAAUUGGAAGAACUUUCGAUAAACAUAAGGUCCGUGUAAGGACCAUGGGGGUGGGGGUGGGGGUGGGGGGGUAUUUUACAGCUGUCUUUGGGGGUUCCCAGAUAACAGUUUAUUUGUUACAAUGUAUUGGAGGGGGCAUUCCUAUGUGUAGACUGCUUAUGUGCAUGUGUUUGGGGGCUAGCAUGCUGUGAAGGGUCCUUGUGUGCUUGGAUCUGGGGGUCUGUGUCUGUGUAAAGGCUCAUUGUUUGGCUGUUUUUGGUGUGUGGUGGGGGGGAGAGCUGCAGGGCUCAGACAUUAUAGAAGAAAAGUUUGCUCCACUUUUAGAAGUGAACCGCUGUCUCUGUCUCAUCUGACCAGAGAAACCACAUAGUGUGCAAAUUACAGAGCUGCCUUUCUGGGGGGCUUUGAACUCCUAGUUGUCCCUCUUUUGGAGCCUGUGUAUGGUUUGAAUUGGGGUUUCCGCUGGACCACUCUCUCGACACAUUAAACACUGUCUGGUGCCUUGUGUGCCCGCUCACUGUCUGUGCCAGUAGAAAGGGAGACCACAGCUCAGUCUUACCACUCCUGGGCAACUGUGACAUGAUCACACUGCUUCCUCUACACAAUGACACACAAGGAAACACUCCUAAAUGCACACGAAAAGCACAUAAAAACACAAAAAGCACAGACAGACAGACAGAUAAAUAGUCAGACACACACACAUUGUUACAUUAGACGAAAUUGAUAGAAUAGAUAAAUGAAUUAAUAGGAGGUAGAUAAACUGUCUUUGUAUAGAUAAAAAUCUAAUGUUUAGAUUUAAUAUAUAAUUAAUUAACACAAUUUUAUAUAUUCCAAACUUUAUAAUCUGCAAGUAAUUUUAUCAUUAUUCCCCUGAUUUGAUAUCUAAAUUAUUGUGUCAAUAUCUGGAGAUCUGUCUGCUAUGAAUUAUAUUCUAUAAUAUUUGCUAAUUCGUUCGGCUCACUUUUCUAACAGUUGUAAAUAAUAUAAUCUAGUAUUUGAUACACAAAUCAUACACACAUACAAAUAUAACUUUCAGUUCUGUUUUAUUUGUUAUACCUGUAAAACAUUGUGGGUUAAGCAUUUGAUAACACAGUUGCAUUUUAAUUAUUAUAGCUGUAAUACAAUGUAGAGUUGGCGCUUGGUGAGAUAGUAUUCUUUUUGUUGUACAUGUGAUACAUUUCAGAGUUAGCUGCACUUGGUGAUGUUAAUUAUGCUACCAUAGCCUGAGUACAAUUAUUUACGAUAAUUAUGAACUGAGAGGAAGCAGGGAAUCAUGUCAUAUUUUGCCCAGAAGCGAUGGAAAUGAGUCUGAACAUAAUAAAUAUAGAGUGGAAUGUGGCAUAUAAAACGAUUAUAGACUGUCAGCUGGACUGAAGAAUAUUAUAUAAAUGUAAUAAGUAGGGAAUAAAAUAAUAUGAAUAUAAUGCAGUAUACACUAAGAGUGUACGAUACAAAAUGGCAUGUAAGAUAUAGAAUGGGAGAUAGACCUAUACAAGCAUUAAAUGAAAGAAUAUAGACUAUACUAGAAUAUUCGAGUGCAGAAUGCAAAGUCAUACAAUGAGUACAGAAUAGAGAGGUAAAAUAUAGAAUAGAAGGUGCAAUAAGUAAAAUGUGACUGCAGAGUGUAAGGUGGGAUAUUAAUGGAUAUUGAAGGAAGGUGGAUUAGAGAAUAAAGAUAUACAAUGCAAAUUAGAAUAUAAAACGAACGGUGUAAUACAGAACGAAAAUUAGUCAUUAGAAUAGGAAGUAGAAUAUAGAAUUGAAGGUAGGAUAGAGAACGAUAUAAAAUGGAACGUUAGAUAUUGAUCUGGAUUAGGGCGAUAUACGUUUGUAUUGAUUAUCAUAUUCAGAAUAUCAGGAUAACAGAAUAUCAAACACGGCAAAGUGAAUUCACAAUCAGUGUGUUUUGUCCUUCAGAGAAAGAAGUAUCUGAGCCCGAGGUGAGAAUGGUCAAUGGAAAACCAAAGAAAAUACGAAAACCACGAACGAUUUACUCCAGUUUCCAGCUCGCAGCGCUGCAGAGGAGGUUUCAGAAGACCCAAUAUUUAGCGUUACCGGAGAGAGCAGAGUUGGCAGCCUCUCUAGGACUGACGCAAACACAGGUAUGCAGCUCAUAAGGGUUCAGACUGUGCAUGAUCUCUGGGACACUGAGCACCUGGGGGCUACAAUUAUAAAUAAAACUCCGCUACAAGUUCUCGAAGUGGAGCAGUCUCCAUGGUAACUCGUGGGAUAUUUAAGUUGAUUGCUCCACCCUGAGAACUUUCUUUUCCAAACAGUUUCUGUAAUCUGCCUCCCAAAGGCUUUACAUGUGCAGAAUCAGUGCUACAUGGGACAUUACGUCGGUUUCUGUAGUGAUUGCUCACUGUUUACACUUUGUCCCAUAGUUGUUCCUUAAACAUAUUCUAGGAUCUAUUUAAUUAACAGUGAGCUGCAGCAGGGUCAAAACUGACCCACAAUUCUCGAAUGAGUUGAAAAUGGAUCCUGAGUUCAGCCAAAUUGGAGAUUUUUCCCUAUUCUGCUAUUUUAACCUUUAAGGCCAGUUAUUGCUCAAGAUUUAAAAUAUGUCCCCUGUUUCUUUUGGAGACAACUGCUUUUUGUUGUCUGAAACAUUAAAAUUAAUUGUACUACAUAGUUUCGGUAACAAAACAAACAAAAAAAUAUUUUAUAUAAUUUUACAUAGAGUGAAAAAACAUUAUUAUAUGUAUAUGUAAAUGACUCAACAUUAUGCAAUUUUAUCAAAUUAAUAUCAUUUUGUUUGUUUUUUAAAUUGGACCCUGUAAGCUUCUGAGAUUUUCUGAUUCCCUUAAAUCAAUAUAUCCUUUGGUAAUGCUCACACACACUAGCUAUUUCAGUGUUGCCCACUUGUGUACGUGUGAGCAAUAUUUUUAGGCCCAGUCUAAGCAUAUACUCAGGGCUAGUGUUUCCUCUCGGUUAACACAAUUAUCUAGCACAUUUUGUUUUGUUUGCAAAUUUAUUUAAAAAAAAAUAUGUAAUAUAUUACAUUGCAAGGAAAUUUAGUUUUUGUUUUUUUCGGUGUUAAUUACACAUUAAAUUCGGCUAUUAAAAAAUGGUACUGAGUAUUUUUUUUAAAUUUCAAACAAGAUACAUAAGUCUACUGAUUAAACAGGCAGUUGUGGAAUUUUAAAAAUAGACUCUCAAAAUGUAGGAAGAAUGUCUAAAUGGCCAUAAAAUCUCCAAUUAAUCAUAAUCCUGUGAGCUAUUUGGCUUUAAUUUGUGCCAAUCAAAUUGGACUCGUUUAUUGGUUAGGCCACAGGAAGUAAAAUUGCAGUCCUGUGUAUUUUUACAACACAUUUCUAUGAUUGUAUUUACUUAUUAACUAUAGUAAAUCUAUACUAAUAUAUUAUACAAGUGAAAGUUGUGGGGAUAUGUGAACCAACUCUUACAAAAUUAUACAAGUAGAUUAUUUUUGCUCUUCAUCCAACUGGCCAGGAGUGAAGGUUGUGCCCAAUUUGCCGUUUAGUGAAGACAUCGUAUAAUGGUGUUAGCAGAGAUAUUGGCUCUUGAUGAUUUGAGUGUUAUAUAUCUAUAUUACUAUAGUAUCGAUGAAGUUUUACCUCGCUAAACUGCCCAGCUAGCAUAUCAGGAAACGGAAAGUAAAUUCUAUUUCAAAUAAAUGAAAGUAUUAUUUUUUUAUUUUAUUUUUUUGGUUUAACCCUUCCUGCACAAGAGUUGUGAGCCACACAUUUCACUCACAGGCAAAAUAUAUUUUAGAGACUGAUGCAUUAUUCUGUCACUUAACCCUUUUGGUAGCGAUGAAAAAUGCUUCCUAUCAAUAUUCUGGCACAUUUCUAUUUUGCAUUUUUGUAAUCGAGUUUAAAGGUUUUUUGAUUUUAUUUUUUUUGUUUGUUUAUUUUUAAAGGUGUACGGAAGCAAAUUUGUGCUACAAAUGAAAAGUUUAGCUGAGUGACUGUCAUAUGUCAUAAAUUUAACCCAUUAAGCUUUAAGGAUCUGGCAUAUAUUUAAUAUCUUGACAUGCCUUUCUUGUUAAGUGGUCUUUUAGGGGUUAAAGGGAAACUUUCAAAUGAUUGAUGUACUGUGUGUCAUAGCGAGAUGCAAAGGUCGUGUUUAAAUUAAUGUUCUUUUGCAACAUUACAAUAUUUUACUGUUCAAUUUACCUACAGCAACGGAAAUAGCACAGGGAACCUGUAAUUUUACUGUCCAAGUACUUAAAAGUUGUUGUUUUUUUAUAUACAUUACCCAAGCUUUCAUCCUUCAUAAUGAAUAACUGUGUAUAGUAUGAGUAGGCAUGCCUGUUAUGUUCUAUCAUUUUUAUUUCAUUUAUUAAUAAUUUGAUACAUUAUUUCCACAAUCUAACUGUUUGUGUUUGUUUUUACCAAUUUAGGUAAAAAUCUGGUUUCAGAAUAAAAGAUCCAAGAUUAAGAAGAUCAUGAAAAAUGGGGAGUUGCCCCCAGAACACAGCCCAAGUUCCAGUGAUCCAAUGGCUUGCAAUUCACCCCAGUCUCCUGUCGUUUGGGAGCCCCAGGGAUCAUCAAGAUCCCUCGGCCACCACCCUCAUGUGCACUCCCUCUCCCAGAGCUCUAACAAUUCCCCUGCAUCGUCUUACAUUGAGAACUCCAGUGUAUGGUACCCCACAGCCAACUCUCUCAGCAACCACCUUCAAACCCACAGUUCACUCCAACACCCCUUAGCUCUGGCAUCAGGGACUCUGUACUAAAAAAGAAAAAAAAACUUCAGAAUUUUUAUUAUUUUUUAUUAUUAUUAUAAUUAUUAUUAUUUUUGGACUGUCAUGUUUCAAUAUUAAGAAGAAAAAAAUAUGAAUGCAUAAAAUGGAUUUUUUUUUUAAAAAGCAAAGUAUAUUGUGUAAAGCUUGUUGCAUGUAACUUAUUGCAUUUCAAAGGAGACUUCUUUUUUAUACAAACUGACGCAACUGUGGACACUAUUAGAAUGGUGCCUUCAAUCUAAGACCUCAUUUUUCCACUUUGUUUUUUUUUUUUCCAGAGACUUUUUCAAUGUUCAUUUUAAUCGUGUAAAUAAAUGUAGAUAGAUGAAUUAAACUGUAUAUUCUGGAUAAAUAAAAUUAUUUCGACCUUGAUAA